UUCUGUGUGUGAGGUUUGUGUGACAGCUUUUCCUGCUUGUUGUGAAUGGCCGAAAGGGAAAUAAAUCUCAUAUGCUACUAAUUCAAAAGGAAGUCGCUAGCUCUUUCAUUCCAGACACUUGUAAUGCAAAAUCAAUAAGAGGCAUAAGCACGCACAGCUAAGCAGUCACUGGAUGGGAUUGUGAAGACCAAAAGCUGAGUUUAUUCAUUGGAUGUAACCAGGCUGUAAACUCUGCUUGGUUUAGGCUGUGUAACGUAUUGAUGCAAUCAGAUCUGGACUAAACUUACCAAGAAGUUUGAUUACAUGUGUGAUGCCCUAGAAAAACAGCUUCGACAUUUCUCUGUGACAGAGGAUCAAGAUAUUCAGAGGACACAGAGGGAUAACCAAACAGUGUGAGAGCCUUGAUCCAACCGAACUUAUAGUGCACCAUGAAGAGGAACUGAAGACUGACUCACAGUAUAUGUAGGUUUGGAAACGCAGGACAAAGCCAGGAUGAAUGUGAAAAGGAAGGAGAUGGAUUUCUUAAGCAACACUAUUGCUGCUUAUGCUCACAUUAAAGCCAAUCCAGAGAGUUUUGGCCUUUACUUCAUCAUUGGCGUGUGUUUUGGCCUGGUGCUCACUCUCUGCCUCCUGGUCAUCCGGAUCUCCUGUAAGCCUCGUACCACUACAGCGCCCCCCACACCAGAGAAAAAACAGCUUAAAGACUAUAGUGAGGAAGAGGAGGAUGAGGAGAGCGAUGAUGAGGAGGAGGAGGAAGAUGCAGGAGACACUGAGUCCCCUGUCGUACAAAGCACCACAGAGAUCCCAAUGGGGAACCACCACCACACCACACCAGACGGGACUCUGAGCAGGAAUGUGUUCACCUCAGCCGAGGAGCUAGAGCGGGCACAGCGAUUGGAGGAGAGGGAGAGGAUCAUCAGGGAGAUCUGGAGAAAUGGACAGCCAGAUAUCCUGGGAACAGGGACGGGCACCAUUGGGCGAGUGCAUUACUAUUAAUGCACCCAGAUAUUUUUGGACAUAAACUCAAACCAUUCCACUGGCUGAGAGCACUACUUUGAAAGACUUUGAGAAGAUAUUGUUAAUAGAAGGAGCUUUCAUAUUUUUCUAAAUUGGACUGAUGUUAUUCUUAUCCUAAAGCCAUAUGAAGUGUAGCUCUGUGUGCUACAUUUGUACUGGGCUGUUGUCAGUCCCUACAUAAUGGUGCUUAUUGCAAAGUCAUUUUGAAGAACAAAUUCAGACUCUGACAAGGUCUAGACUUUGAUCUAAGUUUAUGUCUAAUGCAGCAUUUGUGAAUUUUGAGCGAUAAUUAGAAGCUCACAAAAAGCAAAUGCACUUUUGCACCAUGCCAAUUAUUGUGUAAAGAUGUUUUCUGGUAUUUU